GAUCUCCCUGUGUGCUUCUCUGCUACAAACAUCUACUACUACAAUGUGCCCUGUGUUGUGAAGCGUCUCUCUUACAAAGAUGGCAUCCGACUUUGACAAUGGUCUGAUGGAGAGGAGCCACGGCCUGGACAUCGACCACGUCCAUCUGCUAUUACAGGUGGAGCAGGAGCAGAUCCAGAAAAGGACAUUUACAAACUGGGUCAACGCUCAACUCGCCAAGAGGAUACCACCAUGUCGAAUCGUGGACUUGUUCGAGGAUUUCAAAGAUGGGUCCAGACUGUUGGACCUGCUGGAGGUGAUGAGUGGACAGAGAAUCAGUCGAGAAAGAGGAGGAAAAGGAAUGUUUCAGCAUCGAAACAACAUUGAAAAAUGUCUCGCGUUUUUGAAGAAGAAAUCUAUCAAACUGGUGAACAUAAACAUUCCUGACGUCAUCGAUGGAAAACCGUCCAUCAUCCUGGGCCUGAUAUGGACCAUCAUUCUGCAGUACCAUAUCGAGGAGUUGGCGAGCAGUCUUUCCUUCAGCUCUCGUCAGUCAUCCAUGGAGUCUUUGGCCAGUUUGGACUCUUCCGUCUCCAGCAGCAGCCCUGUGCCACCCGGGCUCUCCCCCCACACCCCCCACGUCCCCCACACCCCCCUCCACAGCACCUUCAGGGUCUCCGCCAAGAAGGCCCUCCUCCUCUGGGUCAGGGAGCAGUGCCACAAAGUUGGGUGCACCGUCAGCGUGAAGGACUUUAAGGCGAGCUGGAGGAGUGGGGUGGUAUUCUUGGCCGUGCUCUCCGCCCUCAGACCUGGAGUGGUGGAUCUGAACCAGGCCAGAGAGCGCAGUAACAGACAGAACCUAGAGGAGGCGUUCAGAGUGGCCGAAAGAGAGCUGCACAUCCCCAGACUGCUCGAGCCAGACGAUAUCGACGUGCGGGACCCAGAUGAGAAGUCCAUCAUGACUUAUGUUUCCCAGUUUCUUCAGUACUCCAGAGAUCUGCCCACAGACGAGGAGCAGGCUAUGGCUCCACCAAAAAGUCCUUCUCCUGUGAACCUGCCCACUCACUACACUCCCGCUAUCUCUGCUUCUCCUCUCAGACAGGCAAACCCGGACAAAAAGGCCCAGGAGGUGACCUGUUGGCUGAACCAGGCCUAUGACGAGCUGCUGGAGGGAUGGGACUCCACUGAGGGAGAGAGUUACGCAGAGAGAUACCACGUGAUCCAGACGUUCUUGGUUUCCUUUAAUGAGCAGAGGCGUCCGAUCAUGCCUCUGCUCACCGCCAUGAGACGAACCCCCAAACUCAGCGACGAGCAGAGAGCUUUGAGGCAGGCCUGGGACGCGGUCACUGAGAAGCUGCGUGAGUACCGCAUAGAGCUGGACAUGUCCCUCCCUGUCCCGCUGAACGCUGUGGCUGAGUGGCUGCUCCGAGCUGAGGCUGCUCUGGCCGAAGACGAGAAAGACCCACAUGACCACGAGAGAGCAGCGGAGGAGGCCAGAGAGAAACAGGAGAUACUCAGGGUGUCUUUGGAAGAGAUGCCGCAGCAGAUGAAGACUUUCCAAUCGUUCCAAAACCUGGAUGAGUACGGGAACGUUCUGGUGCCCAUAGACAAGAUGGAUGAACUCAAGAGGAGAUUUACAAGUGUGAGAGUGACAGCUAAGUACCACGGUAUAAAGCUGGAGUAUCGGGAGCACAGACACAGUGUCCUGGAUCUUCUGUCCCAAAUCAGAACCAAACUGAGGCUGUGGAAAAGGCCCUAUGUGUCCUCAGAAGGAGUGAGGCUACUGCUGCAGGAGUGGCAUGAGCUGGUGGACAGACAGGAGCUUCCUUCCAUGUUAGAGGCAACACUUUACAAAGUCAAACAAGUCUCUGAAAAAUAUUCAAGUAAAUCUGCUUUAGCAUCCGAAUAUAACCAGGUGAUGCAGCAGGUGAGGAGGAUGGAAGAGGAGUCAGGACAGGUGCAGGAAGAGCUGAAGUCAGUGAAAUGCACGAUGGGAAGGGUGCUAUCGGCCUGGGACUCGUACAGCGACUGUCUGAGCUCUCUUCAGGCCUGGCUCCAACAGGGGACCAGGACACACAGCCAUGAGCACAGAACACAGGUGUCCUCUGAGUCCAUAGCAGAGUGGGGAUCUCGUCAGGCUCAUUUAAAUGAAGUGGGAACAUUUCUGAUCGAGUCCACGGAUCCUCAGACCAGCAGAGCCCUGACAGAAGAGCUGAGGAAAGUCAACCUGCAGUGGGCCGACUUCAUCAAGAGCAACACCUUUGCUGCAUCAGCAGAGCCUGGUCCAGUGGUAGAGUCCCGUCCUCAGGAUCUUCAGUCUCUGAUCCGAGAGGCCAAUUUGGUCCUGAAGGAACCUCUGGAGACUCUGGCUGCUCCUCUGCGCACCUACAGGAAGAGACUACAGUUUAUAAUGAUGAAGAUUAAGGAAGUGGACUUGGACUUGCUCAGCCCGUCACCCGAGUGUUCCUUGGAGCAGCUGCACAAACUCAAAAUGGCCAUCCCUGAAGUGCUGCAGACCCUGUGUGAGGCGGAGCAGGUCUGUACUGAGCUGCAGCACAGUGUCGCUGGUCUGGACACUCGUUUGGCUGAAGUUCUUCACUGGGAAACAGAAGCCAGAGACCUGUACAAACUACUGAAGAACCAGGACAGACCAGCCCGAGGGCAGGACCCAAGAGCAAGGAUUCUGAUCUCUCGGGGGCUGCAGCUCGAGGGGCAGGUGGUCACAGAGGAGCAGGACCUUCAGCUCAUGGUCAUGACUCAUCAGAAGAACUCUCCUCUGCAGUUUCUCCACGCCUCGGCUCUGCAGGACCGGGUCAAGGCUGUGGUCCAGAUAUCACAGGAGGCAGUAGGAAUGCUGAGCAGCCUUGGUUUGAGACGUGAACGAAGCCCCUCAUAUGGCCCCCCUCCUCCUAAAGUCUUUAUCCAGUCUACAAAUGAGUCCGAAAUAGUCACAACUCAAACCACUCGAACACAAGAAAUGUUCACUCCUAAAACAGUGGAGGAUGAAGUCCAGAUGCAGAAGAAAACCUCUCCUCCCAGACCUUUGCCCUUUGUGCAAUCCGUAACCAGAACAAUAUCACCAAAGGAUGCUACGAUAGACAUUCAAACUGAAAUGAUAACACAGUUUUCAGGCCAAGAAGUGACAGAUGAACCACAACUUGAAGAAAUGCAGGCACAAGAACUUCCAACUAAAACUAAACAAUUGCAAGAAGUGGUGCAACCAAGUCCCAUUGCACAAGCGGACUACAAGCAAGAAGAAACUACAGAGAUGCUGCAUGAAGAUGUGGAAGGUCAUGAAAAAGGCUUGGUGGAGCAGAUAGCAGUGAAAAAGACGAUGACCGCCCAAGAACUUAAGGCAAGAAAGGCUCAAGCUAUGAGAAAUAGACCAUGGCUUCAAAAAACGUUGUCAGAUGGGCAGAAAUCUCAAGAGACAGACAGAGAGAUGACAAGACAACAAGCAAUACCAGAAAAAAUGCCAAAAGAGCAUCAAAAACCACCUCAUCCAGUCAGACCAAUGCAAAAUGUUACUCAACCUGAACCACAGUUGCAAGCGCCAGUUCAAUCGCAAAAUACACAAGGGCAGACAAUGCAAGGUACGGUAAGCCAAGUGGGACAUAUCGAAACUCAAGUGCACCCCCUAGCUCAUACCCCGCAAAUGGUGACGCAGGGAGCAGCAGAGAUGCCAGGGAUUUGGGGGCAAGCAAGUCCCUCUAGUCCAGUGAGAUCGCCUUCUCCACAGCAUGUACAGCUGAGAAGUCAUCCUCAAACAUGGGGACCAGUAAGACCACCUUCCCCAAAAAUCCCAACACAAAAUCAACCACGAAUUCAAGGUACAAGCCCAGAGAGAGGUGCUAUGCCAAGCCAACCUCCAACAAUGCCUCAACAAGCUCCGAUUAGGGCUCCAAGUCCAGAUAGAUCAACAAUGCAAGGGAGGAUAGCCCAAGAUACUCAAAUGUAUCCACAAAGUUUGCAAUCUCGGCCAGCUGUGCAAUCACAGAUGCCCAGCCUACCGCAACCAAUCACGCAACCUUGUGUACAAACAAUGGGACCUCCGAUUCGCGGUGCAUCACCAGAACGAGGGGCAAUGCAAGGAAGAAUGGUGCAAGAUAGUCAAGUUCAUUCACAAGUUUUACAAAAUCAACCGCCUCAACAUUUUGGACAGCAACAGCUUCCUUCGCAGCCAAUUCAGCCACAACAGCCACUCCAACAGCCUAUGGUGCAAAGUUCACAAAUGCAAGUUUGGAUGCCAUAUAGAGGUCAAUCACCAAGACCUAUCCAGCCUCCUCAAACAAAUCCACCUUAUCCAAAUACGUAUCCGCAACAGUGGGGUCAAGAUCAGCAAGGUAUGCAACCACCAAGGCAACCAAUUCCUCAACAGUUUCCUCAACCAGCUCCACAAAUACAAAAUUAUCAACAAUGGGGUGGACAGCAGGGUUAUAAUAUGGGGUAUAAUCAACAAUGGGGACAGGAACAGAUGAGACCAGCUAGUCCAAUGCCAUAUGGUUUCAAUAUCCAGCCACCACAGCAAACUUGGGCUCAGCAACCAAAUAUGCAGGGCCCUCCUCCUCCGUAUUCACAAUCACAGCAGUAUCCACUAUAUCAAGCACCAUUGCCACCUCCAGUAUAUCCCCAACAACAACAGCAAUCACUGCCAAUGCAACAGAAAGUCCCACCAUAUCAGCAGCCACCGCAAGUCAAUGUGCAACUUGAAACUAAAGUUAGAAGUGAACUGACGGUGCAGCCAGCUAAGCCAGAGCAGAUUCAACUAAGAUUUUCUGAGGGACCGGAAAGACUAGACACGAAAUCGAUGCCAGAAAUUGGGAUGCUACCAAAAGUUAACACAGAAUUAGCAACGCAAGCUAGUUCACAAGUGCCACUAAAAGGUCAGUUGCAAAAGGAGGCAGUGCAGCCAGUUAUUAAGGCACCAACCAAGCUUGAGACUCUGCCAAAAGUUGAGAUGGAAUGGCCAAUGAAAACUGAUGAAAAAACCCAAACUGUGCAAGCGCCAAUGAGCCAAGGAAUAUCCAAGCCAGAAUCUACGUCUCAGAAAAAAGAUGAAGGAGAGACAGCGAGUCCAGUUGUUCCAAUUAAGCUAGAAUCACAACCAAAACCACUGCGCCAAGUUAAACCACAUACAAUUACUCUUACGCCAACCAAACCGGAAUCUACAACGCAACCGAGAUCGCAAGUCCAAUCCGAAAUACCUACAUCUCCGCAAGCAAAAAGCAGCUUAGCAUCUUCUCCCAUGUCUCCUGUUCAAGCAAAACCACAAGCGAGUAAAACAUUGGUGAAUAUCAUAACUCAACAUGACGUAGAUUCUCCAGAAAGCUGUGAUCUUCCUCCAGUUUUGGCCCAGGCACCUCCCCAGGCCUACACCGAAGCCUACCUCAAAGCCCAGGCUCUGGCAAGAAAUGGUUUUGAGGAGGCUAAACAUUGUCUCCAAGAACACAUCAUGGAGGCGAUAAAUGUGUUUGUUGAGGAUAAGCAAACAUUGGCCGAGCAAGCGACGGCAAAAGAGGAGAUGUUGCGGACUCUGGAGCCCGAGCUGUUGGAGGAGUUCCUGAGAGCAGCCAAAGGGAUGGAGGCCUUCUGUACUCCGGCUCAGCUCAGAGAGAUGGAGCUGUUCACCCAGUCUGUACGCGCUCAGUGGGAGGCUUUGAAUGCUGAGAUCACGGCCUUUUUACAACAUUUACGUUUCGAAGUUACGAGAAAAGCCUUUAACGCGGCCGUCUCUGAGUGUGAGAGGCUCUUAAGCUCAGACCAACCCCAGUUGUGCUUCUCAGCGGAGGGGAGCUUUGCCCAAGUGGGGUCGCGCCUGUCGGCCCUGAAGUCCCUGUGUGAGACUCUGAGUCCAGAAGACGCCCACAGGCUGGCUCAGACACAGCUCCGAGAGUGUGAGACCAGACUGGCCGCCAUCCAACGGCAGUACAGUGGAGAACAGGAGGCGAACCUACAGGAAACGAGGAUUCCUGUAGCGUUCACUGAAGACGUGACCGCACCAAAAGAUCUGCCCAAACCCAUCGAGAAACCUCAGCCGUCUCCUGAGGUGUCUUUGAAGGCAGCACCAGCAGAGAAGAGAGAGGUGGAGAAACAAGUGUCUGUAGAGGAGGAAGUGUCCAAAAAGGAGGCUUUGGAGAAAUAUGAGAACAGUAAGAGGCUGCUUCAGACCCAACUGGCCAAAAUCGAGCAGAGCUUUAAGGACGUCCUGUCUGACUCUGUGUCUCUAAAAGGACUGCACACGAGACUGCAGGAGUUACAGUUCUUGCGUCAGGAGACGGAGGCGCUGUGGUCGGACUUCAUUUCCCAGAGUGCCUUACUUCCCCCGUCGCCGGGCGUAGAGCAGGAGAGGGCGGAGCUUCAGGAGCAGUGGCGGCAGCAGCAGCAGAGCCUGCAGUCCCGCGGCAGCUCUCUGGGGGCAGCACUGAGACAGAUUGACUCCACAGAGAAUCACAUGGUUGACUUCACAGACAGACUGGACCGGUUUCUACGGCAACCCAAAGACAUCAGCGGCUUCACUCUGGCCAACACCAACAUCCUCAAGGACAUCAAGGAAUUGGACGGUAACAUCCAGAGUGAAUUGGAGCAGCUCUCUCGUUUAGACCCAGACUCCAGUGAUCUUGACCCCAGAGACAGUUUCCCUCUGAGCCGAGAGGUGGAGGCUCACAGGACCAGUCUGGACCAGCUCCGACAGCAGGUGCAGAAGAGUGAAGCUGCAGCCAGAGCCUUAGACAGGUUCCUCAUGUCUCUGAGGACUGUGGACGAGGACAUCACAGGAGUCCAGAGCGCCCUCUUCACUGAUCCCACGGAGGGACGUUCUAAACUAUCCCUGAUCCGUCAGAGCAUCGACAGCCUCAAAAACAAAGCUCCACAGUUGGACGUGCUGCUCCAGGGGGCUCGGCUCACCGUGACCCAGGAGGGAGUGCCCGCCUCCUGCCUCGACAUGGUCUCCGCCCUGCUUCGCAAACUGGAGGAGGUGGAUGGUUCACUGUCCAAUCAGCAGCAGCAGAGCCAGACGGAGAACCAGAGCAAGUCCGCAGGUCUCAGGAAGAGGGCGCUGUUGAGUGAGCUGCGUAAACUACAGGACACAGUGGAGGCGCAGGGACUGAAGGAGCCCACUCUGCCGGCACUGCAGCAGAGGCUUCGUGCUCUGUCGGAUCUGGACUCUCAGCUGCAGACGCUCCUCCCUGAGUUCCAGAGUCUGACGGAGGUCCAGGACUCUCAGGGGGCUCUGGAUGAGGCUCUACAGGACGAAGUACAACAACAGUGGGAUGACACCAAGAGAGCACUGUCCUCCAGGAGGCAGCAGUGCAGUGGCCUGAUAGAUUUACUGAAGAAGUUCCAGAGCUGCAGAGGCCAGCUGAGGUCCACUCUGCAGAAAGCAGAGCAGACAUUCAGUGAACAGGCCUCGUACAUGGGGAAAGACAACCUGCACAAGUCCAUCACUAAAGUGGGUGAGAUAAAAGAGGAGCUGGGGAGUCUGGGCGGUCCCAUGGAGGAGCUCAGAGCGGUCUGCAAACAGAUCCAGUCCAUUGUGAAGACGAUCCCGGACUGUAACCAGACUUCAUUUGAGGCCGAGGCUGAAUCCCUCAUGGACACCUGGCUCGAUGUGACGGAGAAGACUGACUCGUACAUGGAUAACCUGCAGGUGGCGCUGGAGCUGUGGGACAAACAGCUGUCGUUGGGGUCAGAGGUCGACAGUUGGGCCGGAGCUAAACUGUCUCUGUUUGCAGCCAGUCACCCCUUUCACAAUGAACAACAAGUCUUCGCCAUGAGAGACGAGAUCAACAAGAACGAGGAAAACAUCGAGCAUUUCCACAGAAAGUCGGUUGAGAUCCAGGAGAUGCUUCAGAGCCAAGAAUCGCCCCUAGAACUACAGGUGAUCGAAACAGGCCUUCGUAAGCGCAUGGAGCAGGUGAAGGAGCUGUUCACGGACUGCACGGACGUGUUUGAGGAGCUGAUGGCCGUGAAGAAACAUCUGACGGAGAAGAUCGAGGAGUGUCAGAGCGCAGUGGAGAACCUGCAGAGCCAAAUCAUCAAGUGUGACGCGACCAAACCCGACGCAGAGACUCAGAUACAGGACCUGUGUGAGGAUCUGGACUCCCAGGAGCUGCAGGCUGAGUCGGUGUUGAAGGAGGUGUCUCUUGUCUCCAGUGUGACCAGUCCUCAGGCUCUGGAGGCUCUGUCUGUGGACUGCACCAGGCUCCGAGAGGCCCUCAGCAGAACCAGAGAGAUGAUCCACCUGAAGAGAGAGGAGAGGGACAAGGGACUGCUCAAAGUACUGCAAGAUGAGAAGCAGUCCUUUGAGGAGUGGUUCCAGGAUCAGCAGCUUUCAGUGAACGAGUGUUUUGAGAAUCCAGAGAGUACGGCCAAUGUGGAGACGACCAUCCAGAGACUCACUGGUUUCCUGAAGUCCACAGACCCUGAGCGGCGCCUGGACCAGCUCAGAGACCAGGUGACCCGAGGACAGAGGCAGAUCCCAGACCAAAACCUGGUCGAAAUCUCGGACUUCAUCAGAGAACAACAGGAGGAGGUGGACACCUUCAGGACUCACUGUCACAACAGACUGCUGCAGAUGGAGGAGCUGCUCAGUCUACUGCACAGUUUGCAGAAAGAACACAACAGCUUCAGUGAGUGGCUGCAGAUGAAGGAGAAACAGGCUCUGGAACCAGAAAGGCUUAGAAACCUGCUCAAAGAACUUCAAGACGCAAACGCACGAGUUACCGCUCUGUCCGACCUCGUGGGCUCCGUGCGCAGACAGGGCGUGAGAGGAGACAGUCUGCUGAAGGACUCUGAUAACCUGCUCCAAAGAUUCAAAAACCUGGAGACCCAAGUCCAAGACCAAGUCCAGACGCAGGACCAGACCCAGGAGAAUCUAAACCAGUUUAAAUCUAAGGCUGAAGAAACAAGGAAGUGGAUGAGAGAGCUGCUGGAGCCAAUCAGCUUGGUGCAGACAAUAGAGAGUGAACCAGAGGAGGUGAAACACAAAGCAGAGACAAUACUCAAGUCCAAACCUGAAGGGGACUCUAAACUGGAGGAUCUGAGAUUCCAAAGCCAGACUCUUUUGGACCAGGAUCUGGACAAGAACCAGAGACUGGAGGUCCAACGGCGCAUCAGAGACACAGAAGAGUCCUGGAGAUCUGCUUUAGCCCAGACUGAAGAUGCCCUGAAGACCGCAGAGACCCAAGUCCAGACCCAAGUCCAGAACCGAGCCCAGUUAGACCGAGACCUGGGCGAGUUCAGGGACCAGACUGACUCGGUGCAGACCUGGAUCUCGGAGCAGGAGGACCAGCUGCAGAGUCUGAGGCUGCUGCCGAUGACGGAGAGGGUUCAAGUGGCUCAGUCUUGUGUGAACUCCAUACCUAAAGGUGACUCUUUGGUCCAGGAUCUGAAGCAUUUGUGCCAAAAUCUGUCCCAGAACCAGACGUUGGACGAUUCCCAAAGACGUUCCAUAGAAGAUGCAGCCAAAGAGACAGAGGAGCAAUGGAGUGGAGUUUCCCAAGCUGCAGAAAAGGCCCUGAACGCAGCACAGAGUGAGGCUGCAGUUCAGAGGGAUUACGAGGCAUUAAAGGACCAAUGGGAAAAACUACAGACGUGGAUCAGAGAGCAGAAACAGAAGGUCAUGUCUGUAACAGCACUGGAGACGUUUGAGGAGAGGCUGCAGCUCGCUCAGUCCGUUCUGAACUCCAAACCCGAGGGUGACUCAAACCUCCAUGAUCUGAGCAGACAGGCCCAGAGUCUGGUCCAGAGCCCACAUUUGGACUCGACCCUGAGGGCGGAGGCAGAGAGGAUGGUCCUGGAUGCAGAGCAACAAUGGAAGACAACGCUGCAGACGGCCGCUCAGGCUGAACUCAAAAGUUUGUCAGACAACUUUGAAAACCAGAGUCAAAGCACCCAGAGCUGGAUCAGAGAGAGACAACAACUACUGCACAGUGUGGGAGGACAGGCCCCACCCAACCAGAGAAUACAGACUGCACAGGCUGUGCUGAGCUCCAAACCUGAUGGCGACUGUAAAGUGAAUAACUUGAGGAGAAGAGGCCAGACUUUGAGUGACCACAGAGACCUGAGCGAGAGCCGCAGACAGCAGCUUCAGCAGACGGUCAAAGAUACAGAGGAGCAGUGGAGGAACCUGCUCCAGAAUGCCAAGCAAGUCCAGAGCACAGCUGAGGGGCAGGCCCGAGAGGAGGAGGAGAGCAAGCAGAAACAGCUGAAAGAGUUUGACUCCCAGAAAGAAGAAACCAGUUUGUUCUUCAAAGACCUUCAGCAGAAACUGUCCUGUGUGAAGGAGCAGCCCACAGCAGAGGACAGACUUCACACGGCUCAGACCAUUCUGAGCUCCAAAGCAGAGGGAGACUCCAAACUGCAAGAGCUGAAGAGGAAAAGCCAGAGUUUACACCCAGAUUUAGAUGAACAAACCAAAUCGGACGCUUCCGGGACGGUGGAGGAGAUGGAGGAGCGGUGGACCGAGCUGCUUCAAGAAGUGAGGCUGAUCCUGGGUCAGUCUGAGCGGCAGUGUGCCCUGGAGAACCUGCUGAAGGAGUACAACCAGACAAAGCAGAAGAGCAUUGUCUGGGUCCAGGAGAGAGAGGAGAGGGUGAAGGAUGUGGACGUGAACACAGAGCCAGGACAGACCAUCAGCACUGCACAGAUGAUCCUGAGUUCCAAACCGGAAGGCGACUCUAAACUUUCCGAUCUCAGGAGACAAACCCAGAGUCUGUUGGACCGGGACGACGUGGACGAAGACACGAGACACCAGGCGAACCAGAUGCUGACGGAGGUAGAGUACCAGUGGAGGGACGUCCUACAGAAGGCUGAGGAGAUGCUGAAGAAAGCCAGCUCCAGUACACUGUGCACAACAGUGAUCAAAACAACAGAGGAAAGAUUGGUUCCUUCUGAAGAACAAGAUUUCAUAACUCAACCGCCACCAGACACUGAGGCAGUGCCCAUAGAGCAAGUCCAACAAAUGGAAAAAGAUAAAGAAAUGCCCAAAGACAGUGUUCAGAUUGAGCCGCAAGAGCCGACUUUUGCAGUGUGUGAAAUUCAACCAACAGCACCUCAGGCAGAAAUAGCAAUUGAAAGUGGCGCAACCUCACCAAAAGACAUUGAAACAACUGUUCAAAUUGAGCCACAACAGCUUGAUUUGGUGGUGUGUGAAAAGGAGGAAACACAGCCCGAAACUUUGGCAGUACCAACAGAGCAGAUCCAACAAAUUGAAAAAGAGAAAGAAACUCCAGUAGAAACACCCAAAGACAGUGUUGAGAUUGAGCCGCAAGAGCCGACUUUUGUGGUGUGUGAAAUUCAACCAACAGCACCUCAGGUAGAAAUGGAAAUUGAAUGUGGUGUAACCUCACCAAAAGACAUUGACACAACUGUUCAAAUUGAGCCACAACAGCUGGAUUUGGUGGUAUGUGAAAAGGAGGAAACUCUACCUCGGCCAGAAAUUUCAGAAUUGACACCUAAAGAGGGAAUCCCUGUCUUAGAGGUUGCUCUGUCUGAUCAAUCAGUGAGUCCACCAGUUGAGCGUGAAUUGUUGCCUACAGGUGAGGGUCAAAUGCCGACGACUGAAACACCUGAUGAAACUGAAAUCUCCAAAACCAAACAAAAGAAAAAGACAAGGAAACACAAGAAGACAAGCAAGGACAAGAGUCUUGAGGAAGAGGAAGCACCUUCUGACUUCCAAGAGGUAAAACCUGAUUCUACUGAACCACAGACAGUGAUCAAAACAACAGAGGAAAGAUUGGUUCCUUCUGAAGAACAAGAUUUCAUAACUCAACCGCCACCAGACACUGAGGCAGUGCCCAUAGAGCAAGUCCAACAAAUGGAAAAAGAUAAAGAAACUCCAGUAGAAACGCCCAAAGACAGUGUUCAGAUUGAGCCGCAAGAGCCGACUUUUGCGGUGUGUGACAUUCAACCAACAGCACCUCAGGCAGAAAUAGCAAUUGAAAGUGGCGCAACCUCACCAAAAGACAUUGAAACAACUGUUCAAAUUGAGCCACAACAGCUUGAUUUGGUGGUGUGUGAAAAGGAGGAAACACAGCCCGAAACUUUGGCAGUACCAACAGAGCAGAUCCAACAAAUUGAAAAAGAGAAAGAAACUCCAGUAGAAACACCCAAAGACAGUGUUGAGAUUGAGCCGCAAGAGCCGACUUUUGUGGUGUGUGAAAUUCAACCAACAGCACCUCAGGUAGAAAUGGAAAUUGAAUGUGGUGUAACCUCACCAAAAGACAUUGACACAACUGUUCAAAUUGAGCCACAACAGCUGGAUUUGGUGGUAUGUGAAAAGGAGGAAACUCUACCUCGGCCAGAAAUUUCAGAAUUGACACCUAAAGAGGGAAUCCCUGUCUUAGAGGUUGCUCUGUCUGAUCAAUCAGUGAGUCCACCAGUUGAGCGUGAAUUGUUGCCUACAGGUGAGGGUCAAAUGCCGACCACUGAAACACCUGAUGAAACUGAAAUCUCCAAAACCAAACAAAAGAAGAAGACAAGCAAGGACAAGAGUCUUGAGGAAGAGGAAGCACCUUCUGACUUCCAAGAGGUAAAACCUGAUUCUACUGAACCACAGACAGUGAUCAAAACAACAGAGGAAAGAUUGGUUCCUUCUGAAGAACAAGAUUUCAUAACUCAACCGCCACCAGACACUGAGGCAGUGCCCAUAGAGCAAGUCCAACAAAUGGAAAAAGAUAAAGAAACUCCAGUAGAAACGCCCAAAGACAGUGUUCAGAUUGAGCCGCAAGAGCCGACUUUUGCGGUGUGUGAAAUUCAACCAACAGCACCUCAGGCAGAAAUAGCAAUUGAAAGUGGCGCAACCUCACCAAAAGACAUUGAAACAACUGUUCAAAUUGAGCCACAACAGCUUGAUUUGGUGGUGUGUGAAAAGGAGGAAACACAGCCCGAAACUUUGGCAGUACCAACAGAGCAGAUCCAACAAAUUGAAAGAGAGAAAGAAACUCCAGUAGAAACACCCAAAGACAGUGUUGAGAUUGAGCCGCAAGAGCCGACUUUUGUGGUGUGUGAAAUUCAACCAACAGCACCUCAGGUAGAAAUGGAAAUUGAAUGUGGUGUAACCUCACCAAAAGACAUUGAAACAACUGUUCAAAUUGAGCCACAACAGCUGGAUUUGGUGGUAUGUGAAAAGGAGGAAACUCUACCUCGGCCAGAAAUUUCAGAAUUGACACCUAAAGAGGGAAUCCCUGUCUUAGAGGUUGCUCUGUCUGAUCAAUCAGUGAGUCCACCAGUUGAGCGUGAAUUGUUGCCUACAGGUGAGGGUCAAAUGCCGACGACUGAAACACCUGAUGAAACUGAAAUCUCCAAAACCAAACAAAAGAAAAAGACAAGGAAACACAAGAAGACAAGCAAGGACAAGAGUCUUGAGGAAGAGGAAGCACCUUCUGACUUCCAAGAGGUAAAACCUGAUUCUACUGAACCACAGACAGUGAUCAAAACAACAGAGGAAAGAUUGGUUCCUUCUGAAGAACAAGAUUUCAUAACUCAACCGCCACCAGACACUGAGGCAGUGCCCAUAGAGCAAGUCCAACAAAUGGAAAAAGAUAAAGAAACUCCAGUAGAAACGCCCAAAGACAGUGUUCAGAUUGAGCCGCAAGAGCCGACUUUUGCGGUGUGUGAAAUUCAACCAACAGCACCUCAGGCAGAAAUAGCAAUUGAAAGUGGCGCAACCUCACCAAAAGACAUUGAAACAACUGUUCAAAUUGAGCCACAACAGCUUGAUUUGGUGGUGUGUGAAAAGGAGGAAACACAGCCCGAAACUUUGGCAGUACCAACAGAGCAGAUCCAACAAAUUGAAAAAGAGAAAGAAACUCCAGUAGAAACACCCAAAGACAGUGUUGAGAUUGAGCCGCAAGAGCCGACUUUUGUGGUGUGUGAAAUUCAACCAACAGCACCUCAGGUAGAAAUGGAAAUUGAAUGUGGUGUAACCUCACCAAAAGACAUUGACACAACUGUUCAAAUUGAGCCACAACAGCUGGAUUUGGUGGUAUGUGAAAAGGAGGAAACUCUACCUCGGCCAGAAAUUUCAGAAUUGACACCUAAAGAGGGAAUCCCUGUCUUAGAGGUUGCUCUGUGA